GCGGUGAACGUAGACACGACAUUUAGGACACGGAGUCGUACCUAGCUGUAGUUUUCGAGAAGGUGGAAGGUUUUUUAGGUUGUGUGGAUAUCGUAGGUUGGGUAGAGGGAGAGAAAAAGAGAGAGGAAUAGGCGGGGAGAAAGAGAUAGAUCGAGUCGGUGUUGGUAGUAGUUGGCGGCGUGUAGGUAGAUAUACAUCGUACGUAUACUAGGUCGUUGGUUGUUGGUUGGCGAAGGUUGAGGAGAGGUAGGCGACGAAGGUUCGGCUUGCGCUCGGACGCGGCUCACGGCUGUCGGCGGGUGCAGAUUGACUAAACAGAAGUGGCCACAUGGAAGGCGCUCUAGAAGAGUCCACGGUCAAGGACCUACCUCGGGACGAUGCUGACGCCAAAGCUGUCAAAGAUAGUAUUAUCACAAACGGACUCAACGGUAGCUGUGAACCUGACGUCGACGAUCACGAUGACUCUAACAGUGAGAUGUGCCAAUCCCUGUCCAAAGAUGUUACCGAUGAAGAAGUGCUCGACGAGCCAGAGGAAGAAGCGUCGGAGAAAUCUGAACAUGCAGAUGACGAUGUAGAGCCAAUGGAAACUGAAACGGAAGGCGAACUUGAGCCGGAACUGGGACUGGAAGCGGAAUCCAGGAAGGACAACAAACCUGCUGAAGGUGCCGGUAAUCGAGAAACCAAGGUGCCCACCGGUAAGAAUAAAGAGGUUGUUACGAGAACCAGGACUGAGUCUAAUGACGAUAUCGACCAUUCUAUGGAUGAUAUCGAGAACAUCGAGGACCAUAUAAGUGAGACGGAUGAUAUUAGUGAAGUGUCAGAAUCUGAAGAUAAGUGCAACAGAGCUAAGGAACGUCCAAUGGAAAUUGACGACGUUCAAAGUAAUGCCUCGGACGUAGAAUGUUUGGAUGAAUCUAUCACUGAAGUUUAUUCGGACGGCGAGGCUGUUACCAGGGUGGAAAAAUCCAUCAACCUAAGUAACGUGUCAGAUUCUACAAACUCUGUUACAAGAUUGAGCAGCGACGCGGAUAGCAAGCAUGACGGCAGCUUAGAUACUUCGGAUGUGAAAAUAGCGGAGGAAAAUGGGAGCUGCGGUAGCCCAGAUAUAGAAGAAAUAACAGAGUCUAGGAGCAACGGCCGUAACUCGCCGCAGGUAGACCGCCUGAGUAAAGACGGAGUUCCGAAACCCAAAAAAGUGAGGAAGUCUCUCGACAUAAGCAACAUCACACCCAGACGAAGUUCUCGGAAUAUAAAGAGAACGAGUUACAUCGAGAAGGAGGUCGAGGAAGAGGUGGAAGACGAUGGGUCAGACAUAGAGGAAAUAAAACUGGAAGACCCGCUCGCUGGCAUAGAUAGCAAAGAUAAAGAAAAUUCGAAAAUAAAAUCACCUGUAAAAAACAAUAACAAAACCACCAUCGUCGUUAACGACACUAAAAGGUUAGUGGAAAUAGCUGCUGGCAGCAAAUCUUCAAAGGGAGGUAAAAAGGAGCCCACUUUAGUCAUAAUCGAUACAAACUCCAUACUCUCUGGGAGGGGUGGUAUGCCCGUUCCCACCAAAUCUCAUCAUCAUCAUCAUUCGGCCACCAGCUCCAGUUCCUUUUCGGUAAUGCCGAUGGGUAUGCCGACGCAGGCCAUGUACCCCAAUAUGAGGGCAACUAUCACCCCGGUACCGAUGACCCCAAAGCCUGUGCAGUGCAGCCCGAAGCCCAGCUGUACGUCCGCCACAGCGACGCCGAUUCCACAAAUAUUGCCCACGCUGACCGACGACAUGUUCGUCGUCGAAGCGCCGUCCUUCAUCGUACCUUACGUGUACGAGAAACCUCCGCUCAGACCUCUCAAAGAUUUCGUUACGAAGCUGGAAAAAAGCAUCGAGGAAAGAGACAAAGCGGACAGACUCAGGAAACUCGAAGAGGACGAGAAGAAGAAGGAUGAAAACAAAGACGUCGAGUUGGAAGAGGACAAGAGAGAUGAGGUUAAAAAUGCAACUAGUGAUAACGAAGACGAACUUCUAAAGUGCAAAAGAGACGGUACCGCCAGCAGCACUGCCGGGGACGAGCCCGCCGAUGCUUCGGAAAAGAGACCUAUAACGAUAGACGAUAAACCCGAAGAAAAAGUGAACAAAGUACCGACCUAUUUCGACUUACCGCUCGGUAAAUUCUUCAUGCAAAUCGGAGUUAAUCUCGUGCAGGAAUUCGUGCAGACGGAUUUACUGCGAACGCAGAAACGGAAACAGGGAAAAGGUAGCACCUCUACCGAAACGAAAAUAGCUAUAAAUUCGCUGAUAAAGAACCUAGAAUUUAGUAAGGAAAACAACGAGCCAUUCCACUUAGAAAUGAAGAAGUGUGAGUUCUGUAGUUUCAAAACAGAAUCCGCCCUUGUGAUGCAACACCACCUGGAGACCCCCCACAUGCGGAAUUACGUUUACAAAUGCAACUUCUGCCCCCUCGAAGUUCGCAGUCCCCACGAUAUCCUCUUCCACAUGGAAGCCGAGCACAAUACGAGAGGCAGACUGGAAAGAGGCCCUGCUUUUCACCAGUGUCCAAACUGCCCAUUCGAAGAUAACCAGAAGGGGAAAUUGACAAGGCACAUUCUUGCCUGCAAUAAAAAAUAUAGGCCCGAACGUAACUUAGAACCUGCUUCCGACUGGGAACCUCCUGCCAAGAUACCUCGGAUGAUUCGAGCCAGACCCGUCGGUGCAACAAAUUCUAGUGCCCUCGCAAUGGCGAUGAGUGGCAAGGGCCAGCCUCCUCUUCUCCCCAAGCUUCUCCCGGCGCCGAUCACCGGUCGUGGGAGGGGUCGUCCACCGAUGCAGCCUCGUUACCCUGAUAUGAAGCUGAGGCCUGGCGGUGCUCCUAUUAGACAAGACAACGCCUCGAGUAUGAUGUAUCGACCGACCUCCUCGGGACUUUUAGUACCGACAUCCUAUCAGUUUGGAAGUAAUCAAUUAUUCCAGGUGAUGGGUGGUUCUGGGACUGUCGCAUCGUCUGUGGCGGCGAUGGGCAGUGAAAGCAGCAGUUCCAGCCGGCCCACACCCACUGCCCUCGUACCCAACAUAGCCAAUCCUCAGUCUAGGUUGCUCUCAUUACAGAACACAUCUAGUAGUUCAAAGAAUCCAGCAGCGAAACUGUUGAGUCAGCCAAGUAUAUCGAUAACGCCGUUGCCUCGUUCGACGUCCCAAACGCCGAAUCUUGGUUCGGGGUCCUCCUCAAAAUCUAGUGGGAAGAACACCUUCGUCAUAUGCGAAAUUUGUGACGGUUACAUCAAGGACUUGGAACAGCUGAGAAACCACAUGCAGUGGAUCCACAAGGUGAAAAUACAUCCAAAAAUGAUCUACAACAGACCGCCUUUAAAUUGUCAAAAGUGUCAAUUUCGGUUUUUCACAGAUCAGGGUUUGGAAAGACAUUUACUCGGGUCACAUGGGCUCGUUACAUCCAGCAUGCAGGAGGCAGCCAACAAGGGAAAAGAUGCCGGACGUUGUCCGGCUUGUGGCAGGGUGUAUCAAUGGAAACUUCUGAAUCACGUCGCUCGCGAUCACGGUAUGACCUUGAAGCCCGCCCACCUGUCUUACAAAUGUACGGUGUGUACAGCGACCUUCGGAAUGUACAAGCAGUUCGAGAAUCACGUAUACUCCGCGCACAGCGUGGUCGCAAAGCGCGUUAUGGACAAAAAGAACACACCGUCAUCUCCGUCGUCCAGGUCGACCGACUCCCUCCUGAAGCCUCUCAAGAUAAACGACGAGAUUACGAUUAUUCCACAACCUGCGAAACCUACAACCAGGUCAGGCGGUGCUCAGUCCAGAGGAAAAUAACAAUAAUCAGUGGAGUGAUACAUGCAUCUCAUUCGAUUGGAUUCAACAAAAACAAAUAUACAAAAACAAACAAAAAACACAAAUGCAAGUUGUACCGCUCUGAAGUUUGUCGUCGCAGUACAACACGACAGAGGACGACGAGGUGAUCGUGCGUAUUUAAUGCGUUUGUAAAAUAAUGCUUUUCAACACAAAUACAC